GACCUCCGUCGCACCGUGCUUCGAUCCCAUCUUAACCGGCGGUUCAAUUUUUCACCUGACGUCUCGUGGUUUCCCUCGCCAUCUUCUUGACCGGGUUUUGGUAUGCUGUUAAGCAGAUAUAUAAGCUUGAAAUGUGGGGUAUGAGAUUUGCUAUGAGCGGUCAAGGCGUUAGACCAAAGUUGAGGAUAGUUGGCGUUGUGAUUUUAGCUGCAUGGAUUGGGUUUGCGGCUUUGUUUGGUCUUCUAAAACCUAUAAAGAAUGGUUGUACUAUGACUUACAUGUAUCCCACUUACAUUCCUAUCUCUGUGACGGACGAUGCAACUACUGGAAGAUAUGGACUCUAUCUUUACCAUGAAGGUUGGAGGAAGAUUGAUUUUAAGGAACACCUCAAUAAACUUAGCGGAGUUCCAGUUCUUUUCAUUCCAGGCAACGCCGGUAGCUACAAGCAGGUCAGGUCUGUGGCAGCAGAAUCUGAUAGAGCAUAUCAGGGGGGCCCAUUUGAGCGCACAUUCUACCAGGAAGCUUCUCUGUUUCGCGGGGAAGGAGCAGAUACAGAGUCUGUAGAAUAUGAUUUGCCUAGUCAGUACAGUAACAGACUAGAUUGGUUUGCUGUGGAUCUUGAAGGUGAACAUUCUGCAAUGGAUGGUCGCAUACUUGAGGAGCACACUGAAUAUGUCGUAUAUGCCAUUCAUAGGAUUCUAGAUCAAUAUAAGGAAUCUCAUGAUACCAGAGAAAGAGAAGGUGCUGCUGCCUCCAGUAAUUUACCACGUAAUGUGAUAUUAGUUGGCCAUUCUAUGGGUGGUUUUGUUGCCAGAGCUGCUGCAGUCCAUCCUCGUUUGCGGAAACUAGCUGUGCAAACCAUUCUAACACUCUCAAGUCCGCACCAAUCACCUCCUCUGGCAUUGCAGCCAUCCUUAGGGCAUUACUUUGCACGAGUGAACCGAGAAUGGAAAAAAGGGUAUGAAGUACAAACAUCCCCUGGGGGGAGUUACGUAUCUGACCCAUUACUCUCCGGAGUUGUUGUUGUAUCAAUUGCUGGUGGCUACAAUGAUUAUCAGGUGCGAUCGAAGUUAGAGUCACUUGAUGGCAUUGUCCCUUCAAGUCAUGGCUUUAUGAUAAGUAGUACAAGCAUGAAAAAUGUGUGGCUGUCAAUGGAACAUCAAGCUAUUCUAUGGUGUAACCAAUUGGUUGUUCAAGUUUCACAUACGCUUCUUAGUUUGGUCGACUCAACAACUAGUCAGCCAUUUUCUGAUACACAAAAGAGAUUGUGGGUUUUGACCAGAAUGCUUCAAAGUGCAUUAUCACAAAGUUUCAAUGGAAUGAUACCCAUGAAACUCUCUCAUGAAGUACCCAUGCUGGCCUCAAAGGGCUCUGGAUCACAAAUGUCUACCUGUGCCCUGGAUUGGAGAGAUGAUGCUCUUGAUAGGGAUCUGUACAUACAAACAAGUACUGUUACAAUUUUGGCAAUGGACGGGAGAAGGCGCUGGUUGGACAUAGAGUUACUGGGGUCAAAUGGAAAGAACCACUUUAUCUUUGUUACAAAUCUGGCGCCUUGUUCUGGAGUAAGACUCCAUCUAUGGCCUGAGAAGGAGAAAUCAAAUUCAAAUUUGCCGGUUUGUGAAAGGGUUCUAGAAGUUACAUCAAAGAUGGUUCUCAUUCCGGCGGGCCCUGCACCAAAACAGUCGGAACCUGGGAGCCAGACCGAGCAAGCUCCCCCAUCUGCAGUGCUGAGGCUAGAGCCUGAAGACAUGCAUGGAUUCAGAUUCUUGACUAUCUCAGUUGCGCCUCGCGAAGCAGUUUCCGGUAAACCUCCUGUGGCGGUUUCAAUGGCAGUAGGGCAGUUCUUUAACCCUGAAGAAGGGGCCAUGGAGGUCUCAUCUCAAUCAAUGCUCUUAUCCGCUUACUGGACAAAGGACAUAUUUUUGAAGGAGUACCAUCCUCUAGCUUACAAUCUAUCGUUUGCUAUCAGCUUAGGUCUACUGCCUAUAACAUUGUCUCUGAAACCUGCUGGAUGUGGAAUUAAAACUUUUGGUCUACUAGAUGGCGACACAGGAGACUUGGACAAGGAUAAGCUUUGCAAAUUGCGUUGUUUCCCACCUGUUGCCCUUGCCUGGGAUUCUGCUUCUGGACUUCACGUAUUUCCAAAUCUCUACAGUGAGACGAUAGUUAUUGAUUCUUCACCAGCUCUUUGGAGUUCUCAGAGUUCUGAGAAAGCUACUGUUAUGCUACUGGUUGACCCUCAUUGCUCAUACACCGCAAGCAUUCAUGUCUCCGCUCCUGCCAUGUUCAGUAGAUUUGUACUUCUAUACGGUCCUCAGAUAGUUGGCUUCGCAUUUGUCGUUAUAUUGUUUACACUUAUGCGGCAAGCUAAUCAGUGGGACCACAAACUAUCAGUGCCACCAUUGCUCUCCGCUGUAGAAGACAACUUAGAAAUGCCAUCUCCAUUCCUGCUUCUAGCUGCUUUUCCUCUUCUAAUUUCCUUGUUCUUCUCCUUCCUAAUGGCUCAACCGAUUCCCCCUCUCACAAGCUUCACAGUGGUGUCGUUGAUCUGUUAUUUGUUGGCCAAUGCCUUCAUCAGUGUGUUAAUUAUUGUCUCCAAGUUUGUCUUCCAAGCGUCUGCCCUCAUCCACACCACUGUAAAAUCAAGGUGCCAAGCUUUGGGAAGAAACUAUUCUCUUGCUUUUCUUCAUUGGUUUUCUAUACUUGCUUCCAGUUUCGUCUGUUUAAAGCAGGCAAUCCGAAUUCUGAAGCUCAACACAACAGUUGUUAUGACACUAAUCGCGGUUUCCUUGGUGUCCUUUGUUCAUCCGGCUUUGGGUCUUUUUGUACUCCUCGCCUCUCAUGCCCUUAGCUGCCAUAACUCAAUGUGCUGUAUCAUGAUGGCAUCAAGGAGGAAGGAACCAGUCGAUCAGAAAAAUGAAGCCGAGCGAAAAACUCGGCAUACCUCAACCAGACAAGAGCACUUAUCAGUAGACUUGUCUGAAAAGUCAUUUGUUGAGACACAAGCAGAUAUCUUCAACCAUAGGCACGGCUUACUAAUUAUACAUCUCCUUGCAGCUCUGAUGUUCGUACCCUCUCUUGCCGCUUGGUUCCAGCGGAUUGGAACGGGACAAAGCUUCCCUUGGUUUGCUGACUCGGCUCUCUGCAUCGGCGUGAUCUUCCACGGAAUACUGAACUCAAGACCAGAGUCUAGCAUCCUACGCUCUUUCCCAUCUCUCUUGGGACACCAACUCCGUCCUCAUCAUAUGUAUCUCCUUGCCGGCUACUACUGCUUCUUCUCUGGACUAGAAUUGGCUCCAUACAAAGUAUUCUACGCCAUAGCUGCUUUAGGCUACAUCUCUUUGACACUUAAGAUCUCACAGGUGAACAACAACGAUCUCCGUUUCCGUACCAAAAGCAGAAUACACAGAAACUGAGCUUUUUCUGCAGUUGAAGGAUAGAACAACAUUCAGCUAAAGGAUCUUGACCGCUCCGUAAGCAGAAACUUGCGAUCCUGCCCUGCACGCUGGAACGAAUGACCGAGAUUUAUUUUGAAUCGGUCAGGUGGGUUUGAUUAGGGAUUUUUAGGAACGUUAAUUAGAAUUGGUUUCAUUGUUUUUGCAAGUGUUUAUUUGUCUUGUAUUGUAUGUUACAAAGAGCACGAUUGGUCGGACCAGACUACUAUGAUGAUUUUGUAUGAUUUGGAAGUUAAUGAAUUUUAUUGAAUAUCGUCGA